AUGAGUUCUCGGCUCCUCGAUUUCACAAUUUCUUGCGCGAGGAAAGGGCGGAUGAUUUUCGUAAGGCAGAUAUCUGAUUCGAGAACACCCAUGCGGAGCACUCCCAUUACGCAGAAGUCGCAGACUGAUGAAAAAAGAAUUGUUGCCUGGGCGAAAGAGGCCUUCUUUUCCUUAUUACACAGGGUCCACAUCUUAUGUACCAAAGGGAAACUAAUGAAACGUUAUACGGGAAAGGAGAUAGCGGAGACUGUAUUAUGUGAAUACAACAAGAAACACGUUUUGGACGACAAGGAAUUGUAUUUCUUUGGACCUGGUUGUUCCCUUGAGUUUGAUCAAGAGUAUUGUUAUUGGUGGCAUUUGAAUAUUGAGGCCAGACUAUGCAGAUCAGGUCCUAAUAACGCAAAACCACUUCUUCUCUUUGUUGAAUUGAACACUUCCGAAACGAAUUAUCUUUCAGCACUGUCACUCGUGGCGCCUACAGAUAAGUUCAAUGGUUGUCAGAAAUGCUGGUCUUUCUUGAGCCAUCCUCGUUAUGGAUUUCGUGCUGGUUUUGAUGCCUCCAAGGCCAGUGAUCCUAAGCAAUUGUUGGAAGAUGAUGCUGUCAAAUUGUCACAACUUGCAUUACAAGACUACAACGAGACACAUGGCUUUGGGAUGCAACAGUUUACUUGUACUGGGAUUUCAAUGGACUUUGCCGAGAAGUGUACACGUUGGGUGCAUGUGAACUUUGAGGCAAGGGUGGGUUUUGAUCAUAGGGAACUAUUGCGCCUCAUGUUUGCUGAAUUCUAUUUAGAGAAUGAUGAUAAAUACGUGCUUGCUACAUUGUCACCUGCGGAGCCUGAAGAGCAGCAAAACACUAUUGAAUCGUGGACUGAUGGUUACCCGGGUUAG